AUGGUGGUUUUACUGAGGAGUUUGGCAUCGCAACAAAGGUUUUACUUUUCAACAGUCAGCAGAGAAGGAGUUGUAAAUAUUGACCGUUUACGUCUUUUCUUAUCUGCAGGACAUGGAGGAUUAGGGUUAAAACGAUUCAAUGGUGUUGGAGGAGAUGGUGGUGAUGUAAUCUUAAUUCCAGAUCCAAAGAUGUCAUUAGAAACCAUGGUGAAGAACGUCAAAGGCACUAUAGUGAAUGUGAAGGCUGGAAAUGGCAUGAAUGCAUCACAUACAUGUCUUGUUGCGAGUAGAGGACGAAGUAAAAUUCUUCGAGUUCCACUAGGUGUUGAUGUAAUUAACACAGAAACAAAAUUGUUGGUAGCGCGAUGUUCUCGACCCUUUUUCAAUUAUGUAGUGGCUCGUGGAGGUCAAGGAGCCUGUGCUGAAAAUUGUUUCCAAGCUAGCAGUGGUGACCGUUUUUUAGCUGAUCUGCACCUUAAACUUCAUGCAAAUAUUGGUCUCGUUGGGUUUCCUAAUGCUGGAAAGUCCACACUGAUGAAAGCUUUAAUACCCAAAAAGUGCGUCAAAAUUGCCUGUUAUCCGUUCACAACGCUUAAACCACAGAUUGGACAUGUUACUAAUUUUGAAAACGAAUCAGAAUCGUCUAAUUUGAAUGAAGACAGAUUUAGUUUGUCGCUUGCUGACUUUCCAGGUCUCAUUGAAGGGGCAGCUGCAAAUCGUGGAAGAGGUCGACACUUUUUAAAGCAUUUAGAAAACAGUGAUAUAUUAUUGUUAGUUGUUGAUGUAUUUGGUUUCAAACUUGAUUUAUCAUUUAGCAAUGCAUAUCGCAGUGCUUUGGAAACUAUUGCACUCUUGAAUAUUGAAUUGGAGAAGUAUGAUACAUCUUUGGUGACGAAACCAGCAAUUGUUGCUUUAAAUAAGAUUGAUUUACCUGGGGGCGAAGAGAAUGCAGAAGAGCUCGUAAGAAUAUUGCAAAGGAAAGAUUGGUCUACAUUAGUAUCAGCAGAAAUCCGACCACAGCGACCACUAUCCUUACGAACAGCGAUACCAAUUGCAGCCAAGGAUUGUCGUUUGGGAAGUUUGAAGAAGGAACUGAAAGAAAUCUAUGAACGGAUGAACCCUUUGACAGAUUGUGGAGAAAUGAGUUUCAAGAAGAAAUUUGUACUUGCUUAA